AUGCGUCGUCUUGGCGGAAAAGGGUGCACUGAUAGUGUGCUGAUGAAUUUGUGGUUACGUGCUUUGCCAACCACAGUGCGCUCCAUCAUCGCCGCCAUACCUACGGCCACCUUGGACGAACAGGCGAAGGUAGCCGACAAAAUCAUGGAAGCCCCUAGGAACGAGAUUUCGGCAGUCCAAUCGACCAGCAUUCCGCAGCAUAUUGAUUUGGAGCAACGUAUCGAGGCGUUAACACAUCGAUUGGAACAAGCUCUUUCCGGAAAUUUCCAGCACCGUCAGCGACCUCGGAAUCGUUCGUACAGCCGAUCCUCUGGGCGCCGAAGAUCAUCGACGCCAUCGCAGCCGAAGAACCGCCGAUGGAUCUACUUCCUCAAGCACUAUGACUUGCUAGUGGAUCUGCGGAAUGGCAAGCUUGUAGAUAAUACCACGCGACUAGAAUCAACACCAUCAGAGCGGAUGCCGAAUCUAGCACCAUUACCACCUUCGACACUCCCGAUAGACAAAUUGAACGAAGCGAAAGCUGAAUUCAAAUUCUUGAUGGAGCAAGGAAUAUGUCAACCCUCCAAAAGCUGCUGGGCCAGCCCAGUACACAUGGUGUGCAAAGGGAAUGGAAAGUGGAGACCGUGCGGUGAUAAUCGGGCUUUAAACGCAAUAACAGUACCAGACCGUUAUCCCAUUCCGCACAUCCAGGACUUUUCCACCAUCCUACACGGAAAGAAGAUAUUUUCGUGCAUUGAUCUUCAACGCGCCUAUCAUCAGAUUCCUGUCGCGCCAGAGGACAUCCCGAAGACACCUACGGAACGCUGGACAAACAAAUUUGAAAUUCUUGGUGACCUAGGGUUUGUAUUUCCGUAUGUGGACGACUUCAUCAUCGCUUCAGUGGACGAACAAGAACACAAAGCUCAUCUUUGUACAGUAUUCCAACGUUUGCGUGAAAAUGGAUUGACAAUCAAUCCCAGCAAGUGUCAGAUAGGAUUUCCAAACGUCGAAUUUGUGGGACACCUGAUAAGCGCCGACGGCAUCCGACCUACCCCAAAAAAAGUUGAAGCCGUGCUGAACUUUCCUCGGCUGACCACAGCGAAAGAACUUAAACGUUUUCUCGGCACCAUAAAUUUCUACAGAAGAUUUAUCCCGCAUGCAGCAGAACGACAGCGAAUUCUUCAAAAUAUGAUCCACGGGAAUGUGAAGAACGACCGGACACCGCUCACAUGGGACGAAUCCACCAACCAAGCCUUCCAACAAUGUAAACAAGAUCUCGGAACUGCAGCACUCCUGGCACAUCCAUCUGCUGAUGCUAAACUGGCGCUCGAACGCUCUGACCGAGCGACACCAACACAGCAACGUCAUCUUAGUUUCAUCAGUGAGUAUACAACUGACAUUCGACACGUGCCUGGAGAGGCGAACAAGGUUCCUGAUAUGCUAAGCCGCAUUACUUCGAUCACCACCACCAUUGAUUACGACCUCAUGGCGAAGCGGCAAAACGACGAUCCAGAGCUGCAGCAGUAUUUAAAAUCACCACCACAGGGAUGCGGUUUGAUACUGAAGCAGCAAUCAGACCAUUUGUUCCGAGAGAAUUCCGGGACUCAAUUGUCGCAAACCUACACUACGUUUCACACCCUGGAGUCCGAGCAACAGUUCGGCUGGCAGCCGAUCGUUUCGUGUGGCCGUCUCUCCGACGAGAUUGCAAAAAUUUGGUCACGCAUUGCAUCCCGUGUCAAAAAGCGAAAGCAUAUAGGCACAACAAAUCACCAAUACUGCAGAUCGCCACCCCAAACGAAAGAUUUGCACAUGGAUUUGAUCGAACCCUUUCCACCAGCCGAUGGAUUUGUCUACUGUCUAACACUAAUAGACAAGUUCUCUCGCUGGCCAGAGGUUAUCCCCAUCGAGAAUAUGACAGCAGCCACGGUAGCCCGAGCUUUCAUUAGUGGUUGGGUCGCACGAUUCGGAGUACCCAUCAGAGUCACUACCGACCUCGGUCGGCAAUUCGAGUCCGAUCUAUUUCGGGAACUGACGAGAGUUUUGGGAAUAACACAUCUAAAGACGACGCCAUACCAUCCGCAAGCGAACGGACAAAUCGAGAGAAUGCAUCGGCAGUUAAAAGCCGCGAUCAUGUGCCACCCCAAGUGGACAGAAUCGUUGCCGAUCGUUCUCCUCGGAUUGAGAUCAUCUCUACGAGAAGAACUGCAAGCAUCAUCAGCCGAAGUUACGUACGGAACUACGCCUCGUUUACCGGGAGUAUUCUUCUCCGAAGUUCCCACCAAGCCACUAACACCAGACUUCUAUCCGCGACAUGUAGCACGCACCCUGUCGGUCAUUGAGGAAACCGAAUAG